AUGCCCGGCCUCCUGCACUUCCCGCGCCGGACCGACUCCUCGUCUCCGCCGCCCUACGAGCUCGACCACCACGACUCCAAGAUCCUGGCCAAGGUCAUCAAGCGCGCAACCUCGCCCAGCCGCACCAACAUGGACGCCUUCAAGCGCCACAGCCUCGGCGUCCGCCACAAGUCGUACGAGCGCAAGAGCGCCGCCAAGCUGGAGACCGCAAAGCCCGCCAAGAUGGCCCUCCUCGUCGAGUCCCCCCCGAUUGUGCUCUACAACACUCCCCAGAACUCCACCGGCGCCAUCUUCUCCGGCCAGCUCCAGCUUGACGUGACCGAGCCCGAGAUCACUGUCGAGAAGUUCGAGAUGAAGCUGCUGGCCACCAGCACCACCAAGGAGCCUGUCGUGAAGCAAUGCCCCGACUGCACCACGCAAACCACCGAGUUGAAGCAGUGGACCUUCAACCAAGGCCAAUUGCUCCUCACCAAGGGCGAGCACCAGUUCCCCUUCAGCUACCUGGUCCCCGGUCACCUCCCCGCCUCGACCAACAACCCUCUUGUCGUUCUCGACUACCGCCUGGCUGCCGAGGUCACCACCACCACUGGCGAGGUCAUCACUUUCGGCCGCAGCAUCGACAUCAAGCGUGCCAUUCUGCCCGCAAACGACAAGCACUCCGUCCGCAUCUUCCCCCCCACCAACCUGACUGCCUCGGUUACUUUGCCCAACGUUGUCCACCCCAUUGGAGACUUCAAUGUCGAGAUGCGCAUGUCUGGCUUGGUGGAAGAGAAGAGGGACAAGUCUACCACCCGUUGGAAGCUCCGCAAGCUCAACUGGCGCAUCGAGGAACACACCAAGUUCGUCUCUCCUGCUUGCCCCAAGCACGUCUCCAAGGUCGGAGGCGACGGCAAGGGUAUCAUCCACGAAGACACCCGCGUCAUUGGUUCGGACGAUGUCAAGCAUGGCUGGAAGACCGACAUCCAGAACGACAGCAUUGAAGUCGAGUUCCAGGCCAUGGUCAACCCGGUCAUGAAGCCCGCUUGCGAUGUCCAAGCCGAGAAUGGUCUCGAGGUCAAGCACAACCUCGUUGUCGAAAUGGUCGUUGCCGAAGAGUGGGCCCCGGACAACAAGCCCACUCAGGUUACCCCUACCGGUGCCGCCCGUGUCCUGAGAACCCAAUUCAACCUGGUCCUCACCGAGAGAGCUGGAUUGGGCAUCUCUUGGGAUGAAGAGCAGCCACCUCUCUAUGAUGAAAUCCCAGCUAGCCCACCCUUGUAUGACGGGGAACUGGCUGCUCGGGACCUGGAGGAGAUUGAGCGUCUUUCGCUGAAUCACUCUUAA